AUGUAGCCAGCGUCAGAUAGAUUAACGUAUGAGUUUUAUGUCUAAUGUGAUUGUCAACCUGCUUAGAAUACCUAUACUGAUUAAACUGCGAAAGUUGUACGAAAUUUACUUUAAUUUUAAAAUUCAUCGAACGUUUUUGAUGUUGCUUAAUGAAAGUUUAUGAGAAAAUGAACACCAAUACGCGAGAGAGAGUGGAUCAAAAUAACCCUCUCUUGCAACCAAGUGCCUGUCUUCAAACUCCAGAAAAAGGAUUGAAUUUUGUUAGGAGAGUGAAAGGUGCCUACUACAGAUCGAGUAGCUUUGUCGAUUUUUUCGGAAAAUUCGCUCUGAUUGUUUUUGAAACUACUGGUUGGAUCCUGAUAGCAUCAUUAUUAGCAAUCCCUGUAUCCAUGAUAGUUGUCGGUACGCUCUACCUACAGCAAUGCAAGCGGCAACCUUACAUUCCAAUCUACCUGGUAGUCGGAGGUUGUUUUGGGGUGGUGAAGAACGUUCUCAACCUCAUUCAAAGUUGGGUGAAUGGUUGUGGGCAUAGAACGAAAGAAGAUGUCAAAACAAAUCCACUGGCUGUAGUGCUUAGCUGGUUUCUACUUGCUUGGUUCAUUACAGGAAGUGUAUGGAUUUACCGUAUCUACAACGAUUUCGAUAUUCAAGACGAGACAAGUAACCGAUACUGCCACCCGACCCUGUACCUCUACUCAUUCUGGAUCACAACCGUCACGUACGCCUUCACGGCGCUGGCCUGUUUCGGUUUCUGCGUCAUCACAUCCCUAGUUUUGAGUUUCGAUUCGGAUGCUUCGAAGGCAUCUCUGAUGAAUUGCUUCGGGAAUAUUCUCUGGAUUUUGUACUGGUACUUCACGAGGUACGAAGCCGUGGGAUGGCCCGGUUUCAAGUACCGCGGCAAUGCCGCCAGGCAGAGGUUGAGUUGUGCGGAAAGUGAUCUGCAGCAGACUGUAUAAAGUUUUUUUUUAUGUUUUUUUGUUGUUUUUAUUUUUAAGGUUUAAAUUAUGUAAAUUUGUUAAUAAUUUUUAAUGUUAAAAUACACUUGUCUGUAUCUCUAUCAAAAUAAUCCAUGUUUGUAUCUACAUCAAAAUAACCCUUGUAUCUAUAUCAAAAUAAUCAGAGUUUGACAUUUUAUCAUUUUUUGUAUUAUUCUC